AUGUGCGUCCGCUAUGCAUUUCGAUUCAUUGUAAUAGCUGCUGUACUAUUCUGUUUAUGGUAUUCACUGACACAUAAUAUUCAACAAUUACGCGCAUGUGACAACCUACCGUCACCACUUUACGUUCACCCGGUCCACUCGACCGCUGACUCGCCGGCGGUGCCGCGCGAACCACACGCGGCGUUCGCGCCGCGAAUUCGUCUUUUGCCGCAUUCGCUGUGCGAGACGAACGCCACCGUAGUGUUCGUUAUCCAUUCAGAUGUCCGCAACAUUGCUCAACGACAAUUUCAGCGGAAGCAACUCGACGACGCCUGGCUGGAGACGGCACAGGCAUGGGUUCAACUUCUGUCAUCAUGUCCAGAGGCACCGGCUUUUAUAAUCAAACUCGAUGAUGACGUCAUGGUGGAUCGGAUUGGCGUUGAGUAUCUAAUUGACAGGUUUGUCUACAUUCCACUACCUCUGACUAUUGAAAAAAGCUUCCUCUGA